UGUGUGUGUGUGUGUAUUUGUGUAUCUGUGUGUAUUAUCUGUGUGUGUCGUUGCGGUGCUCGGGGCAGUGACGCGGUGGCUGGAAUCACUGUUGGCAUUAAUCGAUGUCUGUGCAUUAAAGGCGCUGAGCUGCACUGCGGGCUCCGGGCUGGUUUUGAUCGGGGUCUGACGGGUCCUGCGUGUGCUGCGUUGGGUGCUGAGCUGCGGCCGUUCCCGUCCCGUUCCUUCCCGUUCCCGGUUCCCGUUCCCGGUUCCCGCCGUUCCCCCGUUCCUGCAUCGCCCCCUUCCGGCCGCUGUGGGAAUUUCAUCGCGCCCCGCUCCCGUGGCCGCGCCCCCUCCCUGCCCCACCCAGUCGCUCCGUCCCGCCCCUCGUCGCUGAUUGGCUCCCUUUGGCCCCGCUCCCUCCUACGGCGGCGCUGAUUGGCGGAGCUCGGCGCGGCCCGACGCGGACAUGGCGGUGUGGCCGCGGGCGGCGGCGAUGGCGGCGCUGCCGGUGUCGGUGCUGUUGUCGGUUCUGAUGCCGGUUCUGGUGUCGGUGUCGGUUCUGCCGGUGUCGGUUCUGGCGGCGCUUCCCGCGGAGCUGCGGGUCCCGGCGGGUGACGCUCGGCAGGAGGCGGCGGUUCGGGCGCUGUCGCGGCGGCUGUUGGGCUCCCGGGCCGCCGCCGUGUCGCUGUUCGUGGACUCGGCGCUGUCCCCGGGCGGACCCGACACGUACCGGCUGCGCUCCCCGCCCGGCGGCGCCGUGUCCGUGUCGGUCACGGGCUCCAGCGGCGUCGCGGCGGCCGCGGGGCUGUACCGGUACCUGCGCGAUUCGUGCGGCUGCCACGUGUCCUGGUCCGCGCUGCAGCUCAACCUGCCCGACCCGCUGCCGCGGAUACGCACCGAGAUCCGCGUCACGACCCCCAACAGGUUCCGGUUCUACCAGAACGUGUGUGCGCACAGUUACUCGUUCCCGUGGUGGGGCUGGGAGCGAUGGGAGCGAGAGAUCGACUGGAUGGCGCUGAGCGGCAUCAACGUGGCGCCCGCGUUCGCGGGGCAGGAGGCGAUUUGGCAGCGGGUGUACCGAGCCAUGGGGCUGAACCAGAGCGACAUCGACGCCCAUUUCACGGGACCCGCGUUCCUGGCGUGGAACCGGAUGGGGAACCUGCACGGCUGGGCCGGGCCGCUGCCACGCGCGUGGCACCUCCAGCAGCUUUACCUGCAGUACAGGAUCGUGGAGCGGAUGCGGUCGCUGGGGAUGCUGACGGUGCUGCCGGCCUUCACGGGCCACGUGCCGCCGGGGAUCCUGCGGGUCUUCCCGCGCAUCAACGCCACCCGCCUGGGGAACUGGAGCCACUUUGACUGCACUCUGUCCUGUUCCUACCUGCUGUCCCCCGAGGAGCCCAUGUUCCAGGUGAUCGGGACACUCUUCCUGAAGGAGCUGAUCAAGGAGUUUGGCACCGACCACAUCUACAGCGCCGACACCUUCAACGAGAUGAGCCCGCCGUCCUCCGACCCCGCUUACCUGGCGGGCAUCAGCAGCGCCGUCUUCAGGGCCAUGACGGGAGCGGAUCCCGACGCGCGGUGGCUGAUGCAGGGGUGGCUCUUCCAGCACCAGCCGACCUUCUGGCAGCCCCCGCAGGUGCAGGCGGUUCUGCGUGCGGUGCCGCUGGGCCGCAUGAUCGUCCUCGAUCUCUUUGCCGAGUCCAAACCCGUCUAUGAGUGGACCGAGUCCUUCUACGGGCAGCCCUUCAUCUGGUGCAUGCUGCACAACUUCGGCGGCAACCACGGCCUCUUUGGCGCAGUGGAGGCCAUCAAUCACGGCCCUUUCGUGGCGCGGCGCUUCCCCAACUCCACCAUGGUGGGCACGGGGCUGGUGCCCGAGGGCAUCGAGCAGAACGACGUGGUGUACGAGCUGAUGAACGAGCUGGGCUGGAGCCACGAGCCCCUGGACCUCCCGCUGUGGGUGUCCCGCUACGCACAGCGCCGCUACGGGGCCCCCAACGCCGCCGCCAGCGCCGCGUGGCAGCUGCUGCUGCGCAGCGUCUACAACUGCACCGGCGCCUGCGUCAACCACAACCGCAGCCCCUUGGUGCGCCGCCCAUCCCUGCACAUGGACACGCAGCUCUGGUACAACGCCAGCGACGUCUACGAGGCCUGGAGGCUGCUGCUGAGCGCCGGCCCCGCGCUGGGCUCCAGCCCGGCCUUCCGCUACGACGUGGCCGAUGUGACGCGGCAGGCGCUGCAGCAGCUGGUGGGCGAUUUCUACCAGCGCAUCCGCGACUCCUUCCAGCGCCGCGCGCUGCCCGAGCUGCUGGCGGCCGGCGGCGUGUUGCUGUACGACCUGCUGCCGGAGCUGGACGCGCUGCUGGGCUCCCAGCGCCUCUUCCUGCUGGGCCGAGUGCUGCAGGACGCCCGCAGCAGAGCCACCAGCGAGCGCGAGGCCCAGCAGUACGAGCUCAACGCCCGCAACCAGGUGACGCUGUGGGGACCCAGCGGGAACAUCCUGGACUACGCCAACAAGCAGCUGUCGGGGCUGGUGCUGGAUUAUUACGGGGUGCGCUGGAGCCUUUUCGUCUCGCUGCUGGUGGAGUGUCUGAACACGGGCAGCCCCUUCCACCAGGAGCAGUUCAACCAGGCCGUCUUCCAAGUGGAGAGGGGCUUCGUCUACAAUGAGAAGCGUUACCCUGCGACGCCCGUGGGCGACACGCUGGAGAUUGCCAGGAAGAUCUUCCUCAAGUACCACCCCGGUGCCGCACAGCACGGCCGGGACGGGCCCCCGUGAUGCGGGUUGUGCUGCUCAGAGCCCCCCCAGCUCCACGCCUGAGUGCUGCAUCCCUGCGACACCAGAAUGAAGGCGCUGAGCAGCAGCAGGAGCUGACGGCAUCACAGAGGGUGGGAAUCACCCCAGGGGCUGCUGCAGCCCGGAGACCUGCUUGGUCCUGCCAGCACCCGGCCUGCCCUGAGCUGGGCUGCCCACAGAGCGGGGAGGUGCAGGAGUUGGGCUCUGCUGCCCCAUUGGAAGCUGGGCAGUACCCGGGCAGGGGCUGGAGCGGCGAAAUAUGGGACCCUGGGGCAGCCUUGGGAGGACCGUGGUGCUCCAGGGGCAGCCCCAACACACACAGUGCCUUUGUACCGAACGAAGCUCUGCCAGGCUCCCCAUGGCGGGGUUUUCUCUGCCUUUUCUUCCCAGCACGAGGGGCCAUUAAAGCCCUGGCUGCUCGGUGCC